GGCGAAUGAAAUAUAUAUAUUUUUUAUAUCACAGCAUUGAAAUUGAAUGUCCCAAAAUUUGUUGAAUUGUGCCAUAAUUAUUUAGUCUACAAGAACUGUAUAGUUCGUGCUCGUUUAAGUUCGUUCUUUUUUGUCACAGUUUUGUUGCAUCAAAGAAUAAAAAUAAACCUUGUGGCGAUUUAGAUAUUGUGAAAAAAUGGGAAAUGAAACAUCACUUCCAGUGGAGCUUUGUUCAAAUUUUGAUGCUGAUGAAAUCAAAAGACUUGGAAAGAGAUUUAGAAAGCUGGACUUGGACAACUCUGGUUCUUUAAGUGUGGAUGAAUUUAUGUCAUUACCAGAACUCCAGCAGAAUCCACUGGUUCAAAGAGUAAUUGACAUAUUUGACACUGAUAGAAAUGGGGAAGUUGAUUUUAAUGAGUUUCUUCAUGGAAUGUCUCAGUUUAGUGUGAAAGGAGAUAAGAAGUCUAAGUUAAGGUUUGCUUUCAAAAUCUAUGACAUGGACAAUGAUGGCUACAUCUCGAAUGGAGAGCUCUUCCAGGUUUUGAAGAUGAUGGUAGGAAGCAACUUGAAGGAAGCACAGCUUCAACAGAUUGUAGACAAAACCAUCCUUUUUGCAGAUACAGAUCAAGAUGGAAUGAUCUCCUUUGAAGAAUUUUGUGGUGUUGUUGGGAACACAGACAUUCAUAAGAAGAUGGUUGUUGAUUUUUAAAAAUUGUGGUUGACUUUGCUUUGGUAUUUCAAUCUCUUGACUUAUGUUUUUUGAAAUUAUUUAAAAACACAUUCUAGCACUUUUUUAAUGGAUAUUAAUACAAUUUAGAAAAAAAAAGUUAUUAUGUUGUAACAUCUUUAUCUGCUAACUAUUAGUUUAACAAAAAAAUGUGAUUAUUGUAAAAAUUAGAAUUGUUUCACUUGUAUUCUUUGAUUUUAUAGAAAAAAUUAUUUAUUCAGAGUUUUUUAAGAUUAUUUUUUUGUUUUGCCAUGUGGAUUUAUUUUAAACUAGUAAUAUUUUAUAUUGAAUUCUAUAUUAGAAAAGUAGAUUUCCCUUUUGAAAGAUGACAGACUGUUUUUAGGACUUUUUAAGCAAUUUGAACCAUUGUAGUUUGAUUCACUGUAAAGGCUGCCAGAUGAUUUCAUUUAUAAACGUAAUUUGGUAUUGUACUUUCUAAUCAUUUCUUUGUUAUGCAUUGUAAACUGUUAUUAUAGAACUAUUAUGCAUUGCAGGUGUGACAGGUGUUUCCCCCCCAAGAAAAUCAGUUGACCUUUUUGCUUAUGUUAGCAGUAAAGCAUAUUAAGAUAUCAGAAAACAAAAGCAUGAACUCAAUUUGGAUGAUCUCAUUUAGGUUCCAAGUUACUAAGAAAUCAGUCAGUUUUGUUGCUUUCAUUGUUUCACUUAAGUAAGUAACAUUGUUACUGAUAGUAAUCAUGAAAAUCAUAAAUCAUACUUGAACAACGAGACUCCUUGUGACUCUAUGUAGGUCUCAGUAAGUAACCAAGUUGGCUGACCUUUCUGAAUCAAUGGGGACUCGGUUGAUCCUCUUCCCCCAGCUAUGAGCCUGUAAUGGAUUCCUUCCACAAAGAAGUGCUCAUAUUAAGCAAAUUACUACAUUUAAGAGCAACUGUAGAUAAGAAUUUAAUUAAAUUGACAUGAUUUUAUCAUCAAUAUCUGUGAAAACUACAGAAAAAUGGUGCUGAAGAAUCUGUCAUGUAACAGAUUAUAAUGAACAAUUUUAUUAGAGAAAUAAUUACAUAAAUACUCAUUUCUUAAAAUAAUUUUAUUUUUCCUUGAAUACUGUGUUACUUUUACGUAUAGUCGCACUAUACAUACUCUUGCUAUGUCUAAUUUCACGUUGUGUUAACUGUACUUAGAAAGUUAGCUAUAUAUGUGUAAUAUGGCACUAUAUAUAUAAGACUAUGUGCUUGUUCACUUUAUAAAAAUACUUAACUCACGUGUACUUAAAACUAUGCAAAAUCUUUUUUUUAUAUGAAAAGUGUCAAAUUCUAAGGUACUAAAUCUUAUGUGAAGGUUUUUGUUUAAUUAAGACUUGGUCUAUUUAGGGCUGUACAUAGUCUAGUAGAUAGGCAUCCAGUAACUGCAUUUGAUAUUUUAAUUUUAAAACAAAGAUGUCUUUUUUUUUUACAUAAAACUAUAUUAUUGUGAAUUCUAAAAACACAUCUUACACUUUAUUAACUGAUCAUUUGUACUGUAGAGCAGUAUUAUAAGAACAUUGAUAUUUAUUAACUCAUUUACCGUUUACCAUGGUUAUGUUAGCUUAGAUGUAUAUAGGUAGAGCCCUGUACUUUUCAGGUUUACAUUAUUUAGUUUCAAUCUAGAACUAAGAUUAAUAAAUUGUACAUAAAACUUCUAUUUAAAAAGUCACAACACUUAAGUUUUUGUGUCAGGUGCUAUUAAAACAUUAUUUUUACUGUUUUGAAUGUUAUUUGUUUGGUAUUACACUGAAUCCAUUAGGAAAGAAUUAAACAAGCUGUUAUUAACUACUACAUGUAGUAUAAAUGAUAAAAUAUUGUUUGAAAUUAGAAUCCUCUUGAAAAUUGUACCAAAAACCUAAUUGUAAGUAAUAUAUUGAUACUCACUGUGGAUUUGUGAUCUGUCAAGCUGCAUUCUUAUUGUUUGGUAGCAGUUAAAAAUGUUUCCAUAUAUAUAUAUAUAUAUAUAUAUACAUAUAUUUCACCUUAUUGAGAAACAUAAAGAACUUUAAAAUAUAUAGAAAUUUAUUUUACAAAUGAAUGAAUGUACUAGAUUUAUUUAUUUGAAUGUAUGUUUCAUUUUGAUCUCUUCUGAGAACAGUCAUGUAAAUUGUAAAUUAAACACAGGUUUUUUUUCUUAUGUGGGUGGGUUGCUUUAUAUAAUAGGCCAGAGCUACAUUUAAUGAUCUGAACCAUUGGAACAAAAGAAAAUUAUGCUAUGUAACCAUAUGAUAGGUGGAAGAUUAAAUACUUGUGUGCUUUAUGAAUUUGGCCUGUCCUACAAGUUACAUGCUUUAUGAAUUUGGCUUGUCUUACAAGUUGCACUAAUAUUGCGACUACUUUGUAAUGCACUUCUAUCUAUUUUGUUUGUUUCUUUUUUUUCAACUAGAAUGUAAUUCAUGCCAAAGUGACACUUGAAACCAUCACUACUUGGUGAAACCCAAUAAUUACAGAAUUGAGAGAAAAAACAAAGGCAAUUUCACAAAAUGGUCAUUUAUUAAUGACCAUGGUUUCACCAGUAAAGGCAUCAUCAGGCAUUUGUACCUGAAGUUUUUGUGAAACAAAUAGUUUUCUUUGAUUUUUUUCCCAAAUUCUGUAAUAAUGCCAAAGUUUUAAGCCUCCUCUUUUGAUUAUUUAAUCUUUGAAAGCUUGCAAAUUUUAUAGAGUAAUUAUUAUUGUAUUAUUGCUGUAAUUUUGUUUUGGGGUAUAUUGCUCUGGUUGCAAUGAAUUAAUUUGAUUCUGAGAAACAGUAGAUGUGAUGUGCAUAUAUAUUUUCUACUGACAAGUAGCCAUUGGUUUAAAGAGGACAUCCACUUUGUAGCAUGUAUGACAGAUUUGUGUUGUGAAGACUACACUGUUUAAGAUUUGUAACAAGUCUGGAUGGAUUAGGUUUUCAUUAUGCAAGAUGUGUGACAGUGUAUAUGGAAAGAGAAUCCUUUUAACCAAAAUGCUUUUAAAAAGUAGAUUCAUCAGGUUUACCCCUGAUAAAGAAAGGUCAACUUUUCAAAAGCAUUUGGGUUAUAGGGUUUCAUAUUUUUGUCUUUAAUUGAUCUUUUGAACCUGUGUGCUUUCCUAACAUCACGAAUAUAUAAUAGGUAUAUGUGGACAGUAUUUUUCACUAUAUAAGAUCUGGGAUAGCUAAGUAUGGAGUGGACAGAUAUGUUUGGAGAAAACUUCAUACUAUAUAAAGUAUGUGAUGUGUGAGUAGAGAGAACUUUCCACUAGAUAAUAUGUUUUGUUCAUCGAAUUGUAUUAGCAUUUAAAGACAGGAAGGUAACUAAAAGUUCUAACUGAUAAAUGUUUAACUUAGUGAGAUUUAUGAAUACAUAAAUACUCUGUUAGAAUUAUUUUUUAGAGUUUCAUCUUUGGAAAGUGUGAUUUGUAUAAUUUAUGCCAAGCAUGAAGAAAAUGUUGAGUUCACUUAAGUGUCCUUUCUUGGUGCCAGUUAAGUCUGAAAAAUGGCUUGGGUUUUAACAGACAAAAUAUUUUUAAUGCAUUUAUUGUUAUAUUUCAGUGAUUUACCUUGUACUCUUUAUUCUAUGAUUCUUUUCUGUGAUUCUAUGAUAAACUAUUUCUUGCAUUGCCCUAUAUUAACCGUAUUAUAGGUUUGGCUGAUUAAGAUUGCUAAUUCUUAAUUUUGUUCAGGAAGCAGCAAAAAUGUAAAAACAUAUUAUAUCCAAUUCAGUUUGUGUUAAUGAUAAGGGAAUACACACAUGCACAUUAAACACACACAUUAAAAGCUCUAUUAAUUCUUAUUCUACAAAACUAAUGUCAAGUAUAUGUCAGUUAUGAAAGUAGAAAAUAAGUUAGUUACAUUACAAGAACGUAAUUCACUAUUAUUAUUUGGAAGGGUUCUUUUCUAAAUACUUUGAUCAUUAUUUGAGAAAAUCCAAUAUUUUGUCACACAGCAGAAACAAAAAACGUUUGUUAAACAAAUCAUGUUCAUUAUUGACUCUUUACUAUUGUCUAAUCUAAUAUACUAUUUUUCUUGUAUUUUCUUGAGAAAACAUGUAUAAGUAUGUACAUAUACACGCAUACGAAAUUACUUUUUAUCUAGUGUUACAAAUUUUGACAUCAUGCUGAUGGAUUCUAAUUUAAACGAAUAGAUAAAAAUUAUUUAGAUAAAUUAUUUUUAAAGAGUUGUGAUAAGUAUGAUUUUAGGGCAGUUUAAUUUGAGCUGCUAGUAUUCUUUUUAAUAGUGACUUAAAGUCCAGAUUUUUGAAGCCACUGGUACGUGAUACACCAUACAACCUUAAUUUGAGUUGCUAGUAUUCUUUUUAAUAGGUAACUUAAAGUCCAGAUUUUUGAAGCUACUGGUAAGUGAUACACCACCACAACCUUAAUUUGAGCUGCUAGUAUUCUUUUUUAAUAGGUAACUUAAAGCCCAAAUUUUUGGUAACUAAUACACCACCACAACCUUAAUUUGAGCUGCUAGUAUUAUUUUUAACAGGUAACUUAAAAACCAAAUUUUUGAAGCCACUGGUACCUUAAUUUGAGCUGCUAGUGUUCUUUUUAAUAGGUAACUUAAAGCCCAAAUUUUUGAAGCUACUGGUAGGCAAUACACCAUACAACCUUAAGGUAGUCAAACCUUGUUAAUUAUUCAUAAUGUUAAUCAUUGUACAAAUUAUAGGAAUCAAGUUAUAUAAAAGGAAUUAAUAAAAUAACUGGUCGUUUAGUUUAUGUCCUUAAAUUUUUGUACUAUUUGUAACAUUGAAUAUUUAUUGUUCUAGUUUUGUGUGUCGUACCUCGCCAUAAUAUACGUGUCUACCAUUCAAACCUUUACUAGAUUGAUCUUGUAGCUUUUCAAAUUCUGACAUUCCUUCGAGUUGUUACACGUGUUUUAAUCUCUUGUUUUGUUUUUUUUUUUGGUUGUUUGUUAACACAUUUUUAAUUGUGAAUUUCAUAGGAAUGUUGAGAUGUGAUAAUUAUUCUUAACAGAAGGUUGUUGGCUUGUGUGUUUUGAAAUGAACUUUCACAAUAAAUAAAUUGUAAACGUUG